GGUUCUCUUUGUAUUUUGAUGAUGUUUUAAAACCAUGAUUCAAAAGUAUUUAAUCUAUUUUUGUGUUAAGUGUGCAGGAAAAUUAAUCCAAGGUUUCUAAUCUUUCCCCACGAUUAGAAUUAAUUCAUGUUCCUCCUUGUUCAGAGUUCUGGGUUCGAACCAAUUUAUUUUGGUUCGAAUCAAUCUCGGACUUUUGUUUUCCGAAAAUGGUUCGAAGCAAUAUUUCUGGCUUCGAAGCAAAAAUUCUGGAAAGUUAAUUUUGACAGCUCAACUAUCUGUUUACUCUUAAUGGGUCUUAGGGGAUCUAAAUGCCUUAGCACUUUCCAAGACAAGUUAGAAGAAAAAGGUGGAACCUUAUUGGAGCUUUUGUGAGGUGGCUUUGAAGGGACUUUAAUUGCAAGGCUCCAAAUCUCUAUUAAAAUGACCAAAAAUCAGAUCUGGAAAAAUCAGAGAAAAGAAGGACGACUGCUGCAGAAAAUAUAAUUUGAUAUUGUUAUGGGUUUCCUUCUUCUUUUCUUCUUGUGAGGCUUUUGGGUAUAUUGUCUUACAAGGGUUUUGUAUUCUUCUUGGAUUGGGUUAAUCCUUGAAGGGGUUGAGUGAGUUGAGAUUCACUUGUAACGGUUUAAUCUUGCACCCGCAAGCAAGAGGUUGUUCC